GGCAAAUGAAGAACCGAGGGGAUGUACUAAAAAGAAGUAUACACAAUGGAAGACCUUGAAUUUGAGAGCCACAGGAUUGGGAAGGGAUCCCAGUACUGGUUGUAUUGUUGCUGAUGAUGACCAGUGGAAGGAACAAGAACAAGCUAUGCCAGGAAGUACUUCUAAUUUUAGAUUUGUACCAUUUGAGCAUGAGGACCAAAUGAGAAUAAUGUUUGAAGCUGUUAUAGUUACAAAUGAGACCUUUUAUGUUCCAACAGGGCAUGGCAACAGUGAUCAAGUUGGGGAGGGUGAUGCUGAGGGUAAUGAUGAUGGAGAGAUAAGCAGAAUUGGAACUAGUAAAGAGAGGAGGGCUGGAAAAAGGGCUGCACAUUACUCACCUAAGGGGAACAAGAAGAAGACUUUUAGAGACCAAUGCAUGAAGCGUUUGGUUGACGCAUAUGAGAUUAAAGAGGUGUUUAAUCAUGCACAUUCAUCCCUUAGAAAUGUGAUUGAGCAAUCAUUUGGAGUUCUAAAGAUGAAGUGGCGCAUUCUCUUGAACUUGCCCAGUCAUCUAGUUAACAAGCAGUCCAAGAUUAUAGUUGCUUGUAUGGCCCUUCACAAUUUCAUUAGAGAAUGUGACUUAGAAGAUCCGCAUUUUCAAGAAGAUGUUGAAGAUGAUAGUCCUCAUCCAACUUAUGACAACAAAGAUGAUGGUGGUACUGGAGAUGAUGUCGAUAUGAAUGCAUUUCGUGAUGCGAUCGCUACCGCUAUGGUUUCGUGAUUUAGUUGUAUCCAUCAUUUAUGUACUCGUAGUUUAGAAAUUAGAGCUGGAACAUGUAUUGGUAUAUUGUGAUAUUAAUCUAUUUGAUCUAAUAGUAAUAUAUGUAGUCAGGAUACUUAGAAAAUAUAAGAAUUAUUGAAUUCUACUCGUAUUCAGCAAAAAAA